UGGACUCCGACGAAGUCUCCUAGGUAAUCCGCCGGCGAAUCCUUAGAUUUUCCGAUGCUUCGUCGAUCUCCGGCACGAGUUGCCUCUCAUGUAUUUCUUCCUCUUAUCCGUCUCCGUGGAUAUUCCGACGUGCCACUCUUCCCCCGCCGGAAGCUUCGGGUCGGACGCGGGCUGACCCGACCCGAAUUGGUCGAGCGUGUCUCGCGCUUGCUCGUGCUCGGGAGGUACGAAGCUUUACAAGACAUCUCUCUCAAUUUCUCCGAUGACCUUCUCAACUCUGUGCUCCACAAACUCAGGCUUAAGCCUGAGGCAUGUCUGAGGAUCUUCAAAUUGGCCUCGGAACAGCAAGAUUUCCGACCAGAUAUUGAGGCUUACUGUAAGAUAGUUCACAUUUUGUCCCGAGCUAGGAUGUACGACGAGACCAGAUCGUAUUUACGUGAAUUGGUUGGUCUAUGUAGGAACAAUCACACGGGUUUCCUUGCUUGGGAUGAGCUCGUUCGGGUUUUCAAGGAGUUUUCGUUUUCUCCUACUGUUUUUGACAUGGUAUUGAAGGUUUACGCCGAGAAGGGCAUGAUUAAGAACGCGUUACAUGCGUUUGACAACAUGGGGAACUAUGGUCGUGCCCCAAGUUUGUUGUCCUGUAAUAGUUUGUUGAGUAAUUUGGUUAAGAAAAGUGAGUACUAUGUUGCAUUACGUGUUUAUGAUCAGAUGAUUAGCUAUGGGAUUGUGCCAGAUGUUUUCACGUGCAGUAUUGUUGUGAAUGCUUAUUGCAAGGACGGGAAGUUGGAUAAAGCUGAGAAAUUUGCAAAACAAAUGGAAAAUUCAGGUCUGGAACUGAAUGUGGUGACUUACAAUAGUUUGAUUGAUGGGUUUGCCCGAGUUGGGGAUGUCGAGGGAGCUUUAAGGUUAUCUCAGUCUAUGUCACAAAGAGGAAUUUCUAGGAAUGUAAUCACUUAUACUUUGUUGGUUAAGGGUUACUGUAAACGAGGUAUGAUGGAUGAUGCUAGAAGGAUGUUGAAAUCGAUGAAGGAAGAAAAUCUUGUUGCAGAUGAACGUACGUAUGGCGUCUUGAUAGAUGGAUACUGUCGCAGUGGUAAAAUCGAUGAUGCUAUUAGGGUUCAUGAGGAAAUGAUGGAGAUGGGAGUUAAAACAAAUAUAUCCAUUUGUAACUCCUUGAUCAAUGGGUAUUGCAACUCUGGCCAGUUAUUAGAAGCGGAGCGGACACUUUUGCAGAUUGGAGAUUGGAACUUGAAACCAGAUACUUACACUUAUAAUACUCUCGUGAAUGGCUAUUGCAGGGAUAGUCGGUUUAAUGAGGCUUUAAAGGUUUGUGAUCAAAUGCUUCAGAAAGGAGUCCAACCAACGGUUGUGACAUAUAAUACUCUUCUCAAAGGUUUCUGCCGAGUUGGUGCCUUUGAUGAUUGUUUGAGCCUUUGGAAGGUGAUGUUAAAAAGGGGUGUGACAGUCAACGAGGUUAGCUGUAGCACUAUGCUAGAAACAUUGUUCAAGGCUGGAAACUUUGAUCAGGCUAUGAAGCUGUGGAAGAAUAUCCUGGCGAGGGGCUUAUUGCAAAGCACGGUUACUUUAAACGUUAUGAUAAAUGGAUUGUGUAAGAUGGGGAUGGUUGAUGAAGCCGAGGAGAUUCUUGUAAAGAUGAAAGAAUUCCGAUGUCAGCCAGAUGUGAAGACGUAUCAAACACUUAGUGCCGGCUAUUGUAAAAUUGGAAACAUGAAGGAAGCUUUCAGGGUCAAAGACUCAAUGGAGAAGGAGGGCAUCUUCCCUACCAUAGAAAUGUACAAUUCUCUGAUUACUGUUGCUUUUAAGUCUAUAGACUUGAGUAAAGUGGCAGAUCUUCUCACCGAGCUACAUGCAAGAAUGUUAGUUCCUAACGUUGUAACAUAUGGAGCCCUUAUCACAGGCUGGUGCAAUGUCGGAAAGAUGGAUAAAGCCUAUGCUACAUAUUUUAAGAUGGUAGAGGAAGGGAUUGCUCCGAGUUUAGCCAUUUGCACUAAGAUUGUGAGUAGCUUGUUCCGUCUUGGUAGGUUUGAUGAGGCUAGUUUUCUGUUGCAGAAGAUUACUGACUUUGAACUUUUCCCCGAUCAUCAGAGCUUUCGGGACUUCCUUAAGUCUAAUGCCAAAUGUCUAGAAACACAGAAAAUUGCCGAUUUUCUCGAGAUGACUCCCAGGAAUCACUUAGAACCCAACAACAUUGUGUACAAUAUCGCUCUGUCAGGGCUAUGUAAAGCUCGGAAAGUAGAUGAUGCGAAAAAAUUGUUGGCAGACUUGUCACGGAAUGGGUUUAUGUCCGAUGAAUAUACAUACACAACCCUGAUUCAUGGCUGCUCAACUGCUGGUAAUCUAAAUGAAGCUUUCAGCCUGCGAGAUGAGAUGCUUAAGAAAUAUAUUGUUCCGAAUAUCGCUACAUACAAUGCUCUAAUAAAAGGCCUGUGCCAGUCGGGUAAUAUAGAGCGUGCUCAGAGGCUUUUCCGAAAGCUUCCAAAGAAGGGUUUGUCUCCUAAUGCUGUUACAUACAACAUAUUAAUUGAUGGACUGUGCAUAACUGGUAGUAUUGACGAAGCCUUGCGUUUGAGAGAUGAAAUGGUUAGAAAUGGAAUUCUUCCAACACUAGUAACCUACGGUAGCUUGAUUAGAGGAGCUUACGAGCUAGGGGAUAUGGAGAAGUCGAAAGAGCUUUUCGAUCAGAUGAUCGAGUCAGGCAUAAAUCCGAGAUUUAUUAUGAAUAAGAAAUGUAACGACGUGGACAACAUAUGCCACCCUCCUGGCAUGGAGAUGAAUAUUGAGAACUCAGUCUCUGGUUUUAGCAGUUGCAAAGAAGUUGCACGGACUGGGCUUUCUUCUGAUGUUACGACAGUGUCCGAUUCCUAUGCAGUGUCUGAAGCCGUGUCAUGAAGAAGAUCCGUCAGUCAUUACUUUAUUUGCACCUAACAGCUUCAACUUUUGCUGUUGGUUUCCUGCUCUUAGUGAGAUGAAUUUUCUUAGAUCUCAUUGGCGAGCUGCUCUGAGAAAGAACAGUAUUGCCCAAGAAUCCAAAGAGUUGGAUUCGACUCAUCAUUGUCGUUUUAGUUCUCGUGGUUUUUGGAUAGAUACCGCGAACAUCUCUGACGAAGAAACUGCAAUUUCGGGCAUUUUGCUAUUUCGUACAACUCACAGACAUGGAGCCUGAAGUUUCUGCUGCAACUAAAACCACGAGAUCAACCUUUCGGAUAUGCAGUUCCUGUUGUCAUGCUACUGUUUAUAUAAUCCGAGAUGAUGAUCAAGUCACUACUGCUCAGAAUCAGUAAUGUGCAUUCGAAGCUUCGGUUUGGAUAUGCGCAAACUGAUCAACUCUUCCUAUCGAACGUUGAAAGUGGCACACAAGGUUAGUGAAUCUGUUGCUUCAAAUCAACACACCACCAGUUCAUCAAUGAUGGGUACUUGAAACAUGUAGUAAGAAUCUGACAUUUCAGCUGUUUUUUUCACUGCAUUUGAACUUCCGUUUUGGUUUGGUUUGGUUGUGAUGUGUUGUGUCCGAAAGGGAUGCAUCAUCUAAAGAGGAAAGGAAACUUAGGUUUCCAGAUUCCUCUUGAGGUUUUCUACAAGUUAUGUAUGUUGUGUGAAAGGGAGAGGGUGUAAAGGAUCGGUCUUCCGGUUUGGUUAAGAUAGAAAUGGAACCGAAAAGCAAUCAAAACCAAAACAAAUCCGGUUCGGUUCAGAUCUUUCUAUAUUUGGAUUUGUGGGGA